AUGUCGUGCAGUAUCCCAGAAAAUUUCCAACACAUUUUGUGUAUUAUAAAUACCAACACUGAUGGUAAACGCAAAGUUGGUAUUAAUGAAUAUAUUGAUUUGACCAAACAUGCAGGUGAAUGCACUGAAAACGAGGUCGAGAAAAUCGUCACCGUCAUCUGCAACCCAUUGCACUACAAAGUUCCCAACUGGUUCUUGAAAAACAAUCAAUUGACCUCCUCCAAUAUGGAUUCGAAAUUGUGUGACGAUUCGGAAUGCUUGAAGAAGAUCCGUUCCCACCAACAACAACCAAACCAAUAUCUUUCCAUAUCCAAAUAUCCAAAAUAUUUUUGGAUUCCUUUUAUAUCUGUAAUUUACACCCGUCUAGAAUUUUCCACAAAUAGUUCGUAUGGUCACACCGUCGCCAUGAAUGCUUAA